AUGUCUCGCCAACGCCGUCCUGUUCAGGAGAAGACUUCAAGAUCGGAAUUACAGACAUCUACAGUGGCCAAUGCAGUCUUAGAGGUACCGCCCAAGGUGGUGAAAAGGUUGCUUCAUUGGGAUGAUUUGCCUCAUUGGCAACGCGAUAACCAUCACAUCCACACCGGUUAUCGUCCAGCGUCAUCUUCGUUCCUGGGCUCGUUCCAUUCUCUGAGCUACCUCCACAACGAGUCUGUGAACAUAUAUACGCAUCUACUACCGGGGCUAGCGGCCAUUCCGGCCUGGUAUCAGCUUCACCGAGUUCUCGCACCCCGUUAUCAGACUGCAGAUGAUUCGGAUAUCGCGGCUUUUGCCUGUUUCUUUGCCGGGGCAGCUUUCUGUCUGGGCAUGUCCGCCACCUACCAUACCAUCUCAAAUCAUUCCCCUCGUGUGGCACGAAUCGGCAAUGCUCUCGACUACAUCGGUAUCGUCGGUCUUAUCGUGGGUAGCUUCGUGCCCAGCGUCUUCUACGGAUUCUACUGUCUUCCCACGCUUCAACAUCGAUACUGGACCAUGAUCUGUACUAUCGGGCUAGGCUGCGUGUGUGUAUCUAUCAUCCCCUCGUUCCGAACUCCCCGCUGGCGACCCUUCCGUGCAGCCAUGUUUGUCGGGAUGGGCCUGUCGGCCGUCUUCCCCGUGCUCCACGGGGUGACCCUCUUCGGGGUUGAGCGCAUGCUCCAACAAAUUGGCCUUGGCUGGCUACUGCUCCAAGGCUUUUUGUACAUUCUCGGUGCGAGCAUCUACGCGGCACGCGUGCCGGAACGGCUGUGGCCGGGCAAGUUUGAUCUCUUUGGCCAUUCGCAUCAGAUUUUCCAUGUGCUUGUGGUAUGUGCUGCAGUGGCCCAUCUAACAGGGUUGCUGAAGGCAUUUGACUAUCGCCACAGCGGGAGUGCCGAGGUUUGUCAGAUUCCACGCGGCUGA